AUGACCAAGAAUAGAGGGUCUCCCCCGUUUCUUCCACCUCCGUCCUCCGUCGCCUGCCUGCCUCUCCUCCUCCCAAAACCGUCUCAUUUUCCACGACACAAAAGCGCGCGAGGCGCACCAACCAACCCGCCACCUCCCGCAGAACCCCGCGUCGCCCGCCCGCGCCCCGCACGCACGCGCGCGCAAGCCCGAGGUCCCAGGAGAGGACCGACCGGCCUCGCGCCCGCGCCCGCGCCCCUCGCCGGCGGCGGCGCCAUGCCGCGGCGGGGCGAGACGCAGGAGUUCCGGCCCUUCCGGCGCUGGUUCCCGUUCCUCGUGCCGCUCUUCGUCGCCGCCAACAUCGCCCUCUUCGUCCGCACCAUGUACGUCAACGACUGCCCCGCCCACGCUGCGGCUGCCGCCGCCGCGAUCGGCGACUCCGUCGGCGGGGCCGCCAGGGCUGCCGCCGCGCACGGUUGCAUGCUCGAGCCGGACCUCGGCAGGUACGCGUUCCAGCCGUACAAGGAGAACCCCCUCGUCGGGCCCACAUCCGCGACGCUGUUGGAAAUGGGGGCACUAGAAACUGGUAAAGUUGCCAGAGACCACGAAUGGUGGCGCCUCAUCACUUGCAUUUGGUUGCAUGCUGGUGUUAUCCACAUACUUGCCAAUAUGUUGAGUCUCCUGAUGAUUGGAAUCAGGCUUGAGAAGGAAUUUGGUUUCCUGAGGAUCGGCACACUAUAUGUGAUCUCGGGGGUCGGCGGUAGCUUGCUGUCUGCUCUGUUUAUGGUGUCAAAUAUCUCUGUUGGAGCUUCAGGUGCACUGUUUGGAUUACUGGGCUCCAUGCUGUCAGAGCUGAUAACAAACUGGACAAUAUACGAGAAUAAGUGUGCGGCUUUAUUGACUCUUGUUAUGAUCAUUGUUAUCAACUUGGCUGUUGGGAUCCUUCCACAUGUUGACAACUUUGCUCAUAUUGGUGGAUUUGUAUCGGGUUUUUUUCUUGGUUUUGUGCUCCUAAUGCGCCCACAGUUCGGAUACAUCAACCAGAAGAACUCUCGUCUUGGAGUUCACUCGGCCACGCCUAAAUCCAAGUACAAGAUAUAUCAAAUUGUACUCUUGGUGAUUGCUUUGGUGAUAUUAAUUUGUGGGUUCAUCACUGGCUUUGUAUUGCUAAUGCACGGGUUCGAUGCUAGCCAGCAAUGUUCUUGGUGCCAUUAUCUGAGCUGUGUUCCUACUUCACAGUGGGACUGUAAUAAAGCACCGAGCAACUAUUGCCUCUCUUCACAGCUUGGAGACCAACUAAACCUGACAUGUCAAAGCACCGGGAAGACAGAAACGUACGUUAUCAGCAGCCCAAGCAACCCGGAGGCGGUUAAGCACCUUUGUCUCGGCCUUUGCAGCUGA